GGCGGUGAUCAGGAAGUCGAUUUGUGUUAACGCGCGUGGCCAAGAUAGGAACGUCAGGUUUUCAAGAUCAAUCCCACACCGACUAUUGGCCUUGAUAAGAGGACGAGAAGUGUUACGUAGAAUUGAAUACCCUCAACUUUGCAAUGUCACUGUCGGGAAAAGUUGCCUUAAUAACCGGAGCAGCUCAAGGACUUGGCAAAGCUUUUGCUGAAAUACUGCUGAAAAAUGGUGCCAAGGUCAGCCUUUUAGAUAUUAACAGUGCAAUUGGCCUGAAUACGAAGUCUAUGUUUGAUAAAGUCUAUGGAGCUCAGCAAACGAUGUUCAUAGCUUGUGAUGUGACGUCUGGCAACCAGUUGGAAGGUGCAUUCAAGAAAACCACAGAAAACUUUCUACAGUUGGAUAUUGUUUGCAACAAUGCUGGAGUAGGCAAUGAAACAAACUGGCAGAGGUGUUUAGAUAUAAACUUGGUCAGUGUGAUCAGAGGAACCUAUCUUGGACUAGAUUACAUGAAUAAAAAGACUGGAAGUGCAGGAGGAGUAAUUGUCAAUGUUUCCUCCAUGGCAGGACUCUAUCCAGUAAUUUUUGGACCAGUCUAUUCAGCUUCGAAGCAUGGAGUGGUGGGAUUUUCCAGGGCAGUGGCUGGAGCCUCCGCAGCAGAGAACCUUGGAGUUCGGAUCAAUGUCCUCUGUCCGGCAUUCACCGAUACGCCGAUCAUGAAGAGUAUUUCAUCACCAGAAACACUGGGGCAAUUUAUUGGACUGGACCAGCUUGCUGUACAAGCAGUGGCAGCAUUGGGCAUUAUAGACCCAUUAUUGGUCGCCGAAGGAUUCUUGCAACUUGUUACUGACAAGACUAAGAAUGGCGAUGUUAUGAAAGUAUCCAAGCAAGGAGGAAUCGAUUACCAGAAAUACUCGAAGAGCCUCUGGUGACACAGAACGUCUGCAGCCCCCAGCUUGACAUUCUUUGCCCUGAUGCUAGAAGCACAACACAUAGAGUUCCAACACUGGUUACUUUGUUUUCUUUUAAAAAAAUGGAAAUUUGCAGCAGGAUUCUCUGUGAAUUACUGUGUGAAGAAUGAGAAAUUGCAGCAGUGAGGAUAAGCAUACGACCCACCAGACAUCUCAGCAGACAUGCUCAUUAGAAGUUGAAUGGGUUGAGCUUCAAUUGUCACCAGUUGAGGAGUUCUACCAAGUAAAAUGUCAUAAAGCAUGAGUGUUUCCGAACAAGAUUUGAUAUCUGAUCCACAUAAGGAAAUAUUAAGAAUGGUCAUUCAUUUUCUUAUCAUUGCAGCUAAACUGUCUCUGGUAGCGUUGCCUCCGUUGUAUGCUUGAGUUCUGCUGCGUACAGACAACAUUCACUUCUUUAUGCUGCUACAGCUUGCUGAUCUGUUAGCUCUCUAGACGUCAUUCCUCAAGAAUUUUGAUUUUGCCUCUCCCAUUUGGUAUGACUCUGCAUUAACAUUUGCUUAUUUUACUCAUUUUGUUUCCCUUUAUUUUGUCAAGUGGAAUUUGUUUCUCAAAUGUCCUUGAACUGCAUGCUUGCUCAGCCAUUUCUAGGGGCGUUGAGAGCUAUCCAGAUUGUUGUAGGUUGCUGUUAAAUGUCGGCUAAACCAGGUAUAAUCAGCAGAAUUUCCUUCUGUAAUGAAGGACAUGAAUGAAUCAGAUGGAUUUUUAUGAUAAUCAAUUAUAGUUUCAUGGCAUUAAUAAAGAGCAUUAAUUUGGGUCCCUCAAUUCCUAAUGCAGGGACAUUACCAUUACGCCAUUGAUUCCUUUUCUGAUAGAAGCUUGGCUCCGAUUAUUGGCUGCAAAACACUUGUCUCUGUACAGCUUCCAUGUUUGAUACCACAGGUGCCAAUUUAUGAGAAUAAAAUAUCUGCCCAGUGUCCACCCAGAAUAUAAUUUUAUGAACACACAAAUUAGGAACAGAAUUAAACCUUUCAUUAACCUUC